GGACGCACAGAUGACAUGGAGAACAUGUCCAAGGUGGAACCCUCCAAUGGGCACAGCAGGCCCCUGGACAUCGUGCCAAGUACAGAAGAGAAGAUGGUAGACAGGGGUCAGUGGGGCAACAAGCUUGAGUUUGUUCUGUCAGUGGCCGGAGAAAUUAUUGGUCUGGGGAAUGUCUGGCGUUUCCCCUACCUAUGUUAUAAGAAUGGAGGAGGUGCCUUCUUUAUCCCAUACCUCAUCUUCCUGUUUGCUUGUGGGAUCCCGGUCUUCUUCCUGGAGACGGCACUGGGUCAAUACACCAGUGAGGGAGGCAUCACCUGCUGGAGAAAAAUCUGCCCAUUGUUUGAAGGAGUGGGUUAUGCCACCCAGGUGAUUGUUGCUCUGCUUAACGUCUACUACAUCAUUGUGUUAGCCUGGGCCAUCUUCUACCUUUCCAACUCUUUCACUUGGGAUCUGCCCUGGGCCUCUUGCAACAACACCUGGAACACAGAUUCCUGUAUGGCAUUUCAGAGGGGGAAUAGCUCCAUCAAUCACCAUGAGAACACCACCUCUCCCGUCAUUGAGUUCUGGGAGCGAAGAGUGCUGAGAAUUUCCCCAGGUAUUGAUCACAUUGGCUCUCUGAAUACUGAUCUGGUUAUCUGUCUGGCCAUUGCAUGGGUCAUCUGCUACUUCUGCAUUUGGAAGGGAGUAAAGUCUACUGGCAAGGUGGUUUACUUCACAGCCACUUUCCCUUAUGCCAUGCUACUGAUCCUGCUGAUCAGAGGAGUCACCCUUCCAGGAGCCUCCAGGGGAAUCCACUUCUACCUCUACCCCGACCUGGGACGGCUGUCUGACCCACAGGUAUGGAUGGAUGCUGGAACUCAGAUCUUCUUUUCCUAUGCCAUCUGCCUUGGUUGCCUCACCGCCCUGGGAAGCUACAAUAAAUAUAACAACAACUGCUACAGGGAUUGCCUGUGCCUCUGUUUCCUGAACAGCGGUACCAGUUUUGUUGCAGGUUUUGCCAUCUUCUCCAUCUUAGGAUUUAUGUCCUAUGAGCAGAACGUGCCCAUCUCAGAAGUGGCUGAAUCUGGUCCAGGUUUGGCCUUUAUAGCCUAUCCCCGUGCUGUGUCCAUGAUGCCUUUCUCCCCUCUAUGGGCCUGCUUUUUCUUCAUUAUGAUUGUUUUUCUGGGACUAGACAGUCAGUUUGUGUGUGUGGAGAGCCUGGUGACAGCCAUGGUGGACAUGUAUCCCUCCACCUUCCGGCGUAAAAACCGCAGGGAGCUUUUCAUCCUGGCAGUGGCUGUGGUGUCCUUCCUCUUUGGGCUCAUCAUGCUGACAGAGGGAGGCAUGUACAUCUUCCAGCUCUUUGACUACUAUGCAGCCAGUGGGAUGUGCCUUCUCUUUGUGGCUGUUUUUGAGACUGUUUGCAUUGCUUGGAUUUAUGGUGCGGACCGUUUCUAUGACAACAUAGAGGACAUGAUUGGCUAUCGCCCUAGCCCUGUCAUCAAAUACUGCUGGCUUUUCUUCACCCCUGCAACAUGCUUUGGAACCUUUGCAUUUGCCUUGAUCAAGUACUCACCUCUGAAGUAUAACAAUGAAUAUGUAUACCCAUGGUGGGGCAAUGGCAUAGGCUGGACCCUGGCCCUGUCUUCUAUGCUGUGUAUUCCUGUCUGGGUAGCAGUGAAACUGUACUACACCCCUGGAACACUGAGAGAGCGCUUUGCUCUCUUGACCACUCCGUCCACUGAGUUACCGAAGACAAAGCAGGAACAGGAGAGGCUGCUAGCCAUCUUUGCAGCAGACGGCGACAGCCUCCAUCAGAAAUCACCUCCCACUAGAGACGGCUACUUCCCUGUUGAUGAAAAGGAGUCUCAUUGCUAGAGACUUGAGGGUGGGAAGCUUGUAGGGGUCAAAGGUCACUCCUCAGCUUUGACGCUCUAUCUGGCCGCCUCCCAUCUCUCUCUGCAAUACCUCACCAGACAAGGUGGCAAAACAGGCACAGUGCAGACUUUAAGAGUCCCCUGACCUGUAACUGCUGAUCUGCUGCUGGAGCUUUCUACUUUGUACACUGCCUUCAACACGCAAUAUAAUGGCAUCUUACUUAAAAAGUUACAUCCUUUUUUGGAUAGUGUUACCUUCUGAUUUGCCAGUGGCAGAGUCACGUGUACAUUGCAAAAAAUGUGGCCAUUGUUGUUACACAGUGGCUAGGAAUUUACAUUUGAUCGUGUCUGCUUUCUAAGGAAGCAUUUUUUUUCUGUUAUGGACAUCUCUAAUGUUCAGGUAGCCUGACAUGACAUUCCAGUUACUGUAUUGAUUCUUACAGCUGGCUGCUGCGAAUGGAGCGUGAGAGAUGUCACAUGA